AUGAAGUUCAGUGAACGGAAGAGCUUCACGUUGACGAUCAUCGUUGGCUCGUCGCCGCCGCAGAUGGCGACGUACAGCAAGGCCAUCAAGGUGACCGUGGACGGACCGCGGGAGCCCCGCUCCAAGACGCGCCACCAGCAGUUCCACCCAUUCCACUUCGGACCCAGGCCAUUCCACUUCGGCAGCCCGCUGGACGGGCAAAGGGUACACGACCCGCUCGUCGGUUCUCUACCCUUCAAGCUGUCUGGUCUGGCGCACCACCUGGGCAUGGAGACGGGGCCGUGGGCGCUGGGACGGGGUCCCGCCUACCCGCACCCCUACCUGGGGGCGCCGUGCGCCGCGCCGCCGCCAGGCCUCCACCCGCCGCACUUCCCGCACGUGCUGGCGCUCACCGCCCCCGACCACCUCUCGCCCUCGCGGCUGGCCGCAGACUGCCGCAACUCUGUCCCCCGGAAAGCAAUGCUGACUGCCGCCUUGCUCAACGCUCCCUUCUCGGCCGUGCACAACAACUCUUCUCUUGUCGCCUCAGAGUGCGGCCGCAAUGUCCGUUCUCCCCUGCUGUCCGCCCCAGACUCCCGAACUCGCACUCACUCCCUCGGCAGCCCCAGGGCGGCGGCCAGCCCCACGGUGGGACUGCUGGCCGUGGCGCCGAGCACACAGCCGCCCCUGCCGCCCCCGCAGCAGCUGCCCGCGCCGCCUCCUCGCAGGCCGUCGCACCAGCCGCCGCCCCAGCCGCCCCCCGCUAGGACGCCGCCCACCGAAGACGCGCCGCGGCCUCCGCCUCCACCACCGCCCCCGACGUCGUCUUCGUCGUCGGCUUCUGCCUGUGGUUCUCCACCGUCGCCCGCCCCCGCGCCUGCGCCAGCGCACCAGCCGCAGCCGCCACCCCCACCCCCGCCUCCGGUCACGUUGCCGCCCCAUCCGCUGCUGCAUCCCCAUCACCCGCAGGCAUGGGCGGCGGCGGCGUUGUUCCUGCACGCGCCGCUGCUGCCGCCGUCGUCGCAGCACUGGCUGUACCAGCAGCUGUACGCGCCGCGCGCUCUGCUGCCCCUGGACGCCGCCAGGCGGCAGCUGCGGCACCACCACCAGCACGGCCCGCAGCAGCUCGCGCACCAGCCGACGGCCUCCGACGACGGCGACAAGCGUCAGCGCGUGCGUUAUGAUACUGCGCCUAAUGACGAGACGCGCUUCGCCGCGGCCCGGGCCUCCGGUUCGUUAGCGGGCGCCGGCGCGCACAAAGGAGCGGUGCGGCAAUUAGGCCCGCCCCAGGGGCGGCUCAGCUGCCGGGCUGCCGAGGUGGCGAGCUGA